UGGAAUGGAAAUGGAAGAUAGCCAUUUGUCUGAUAACCAAACAAUAGAAAAUAUUGGCUUUACGUGUCCAAUUUUUAGCUUAAAACGAUUAAUCUGUGAAUAUUAGACAAUAUCCAGGUAUUUCCUGGACCCAGAAAGCUGCCAAUGGAGUGAAAUUAGCAGUUCAAUAUGGAUGGGGAAGCUGAAGACUUCAACCUCCAGUGGGAGGAAGAAGUUGAAGUAAAGAAAAUGUUUGCUUUCCAGCCAGGCCCUGGUGUCGGUGGAACGGAAGAAGUGAUUACAGGUCUAGAAAGCAUGCAACACACACAUUUUGGCUCGUUGAAAGUUGAAAAUCAGAUAUAUCCGCAGACAUCUGAAGAAAUGAUGAGUACGGACCAAAUGGCAGCGGAAAACUUAAUGUUUUUAUCUCAAGAUGUAGUCAGUUACACGGAGACAGCUGAACUAGCUGAUGAUCCCAGUGUAGAGUGUGUCACUGAAGAAGUUAUCACAGAUGAUUGGGUGAUACCUGGUGGUCAAGAAAGAGUUGAAGUUCCUAUGGAUCAUUUAAAUCACCCUGAUUUGGUAUUAAAAGAAGAAAAUGAACUUGAUGUUCCCUUGCCAACAGACCAGGAUGAAUACACAGCGAUGCGGCCGUGGCCGUGCGACUUCUGUUCACGGAGGUUCCGUAAGAAGGCCGCAUUAAUGAACCACAUGGUUGCUCAUCAGAAUGAUCGACCGCACGCCUGCAAUCUAUGCGGCGUGCGCUAUGUACGCAAGUGCGAUCUCAUGAACCAUCUCAAAGUCCACGCCUAUGUGCCUGAUAACCCCGAUUCCAUAGAUUAUGAAGAUGUUCUAGACAAUAACCAAAUCGUAAAACCAAAGAAGAAACGAGGCCGACGGAAAAAGAAUCCUGAGCCAGUGGAAGAAGAGAAUGGUAUGUGGGAGAACAUGACGUCAGCGCGCACGCAGCAAUGGUCGCGGCGCGCUCGGUCCCCGGCGCGGCCGCCCCCCUCCCCCCCGUCCCCUGCGUCCGAGCCCCCGGCGCCGCCACCCCCCACGGACCCCUCGCGACCUUUCGUCUGUCGCCACUGUGGAGUCGGUUUUGCCAGGGAAAAAGCACUACAGUCACAUGCCAGGGUCCACGGCGGUGACUCGCCAGUGGAAUGUUCGUCAUGUGGCGAGUUGUGUUGGUCGAGGGAAGCACUGGCCACACACAUGCAACAGAGACAUCCACAUCUACCGCCGCGGACUGAACAACAGGAACAACCUUUCGAAGACUCCGACUCUGGUGACGAUAUGGAGUUCCGUUUGUCUCCUCUGUCCCACGGCGGAGGCGAGCGUGCAGUGUACGAUACAAUGCGAGGGCCCGAGCUAUUCUGUCAGGACUGUGGCGUCGCCUUCCAAAGGGCAGACCUACUGAGGAGACACGUAGCCGCCGCCCACAGCUACAAGCGCCACUGCGACAGUUCGAGCAGUACGUGGGCGGAGCACACGUGCGACGUGUGCGGCGAGGGGUUCACCGACGCGCUGCAACUACUGGCGCACGCCGAGGGACACGCCGAGAGACAUCGCGCGCCCUCCACCGCGCCCAGAUUAAAAAGAAUGUCUAGAGGUCGAAAUAAUGCUGCGUCAUCGAAUAUUGCCCGUCAAUUCCCAUGUAGAGUGUGUGGCAAAGUUUUUGGUUCACGGAGUUCGCAACAGAUUCACAUCCGGAUCCAUACCGGCGAACGACCGUACGCGUGUCGUUUCUGUUGGAAAGCCUUCGCAGACGGCGGCACUCUACGGAAACACGAGAGAAUACAUACAGGAGAGAAGCCGUACGCGUGCGCCGUGUGUCCGCGCGCGUUCAACCAACGAGUCGUGCUCCGGGAACAUGUCCGCUCACACCACUCCGCGCCCGACCGACGCGCCAACGGUGGUCCCGCGUAUUGUUGCGUAGUAUGUGGGCGCACUCUACACUCCAGCGCAGAGCUCGUUCAACAUCUCAUACAACACUGCGAUGCAAACACUGCGCUCAAGAGGCAACCACAGACGGGCCCACGGAAAUAUAAGAGGCGGCGAAAAUUAAAGACAGAACAAUCUCCCGCAACUCCUCGCGAUUGGGAACGUAACUCGCCCUCCCCGCCGCCCGUGUCUCGGUCGCCCUCGCCCGCCUCGCACGGCUCUGACCACCUGGUGGCGUCCCCCGCGCCCCCCUCCCCGCCGUCACCCGCGUCCCCCGCGCGGCGCCGGCGGCGCGCCCGCCAGCGCCGGCCGCCGCGCCACCCGGCCGACGACCUGCGCGCCAUGCAGAACGCCGGGGAGGCCAGUGAGGCGAGCGAGGCCGAGACGAGCACGGGAGGUCCGUUUAAAUGCGAGAUGUGUGCGCUGGAGUUCCCCCGGCGUGACGCGCUACUACUGCACGUGCCGGUACACAUUUGACGGCCGCGCUUGCUGCGCCGGCCCGCGCCCGCUGCACCGCCCGGCUCGGAGUGAGCCUGCACUACCGUCGUGUGACGAAUCUCCACUGAUUAUACAGAUGCGACGAUAGUGUACCGUGUGCACGUCCUACUCGAAGCUCAUUGGUGACUUAUUUUUGUGUCUGUGACUCUAAAAAACUUGUAGCUCUGGAAAUCAUUGACAUCAUUAUUAAAUGUAAUAAUUUACUGUAUGCAAUACCUAUAAUAUGUUGUAUAAAAGAUAAAUGUUACGUGAAGCCAUUAUAUUUGAUGUUUAUAUUAUGUAUAGCAAUCUGUACAUUGUGAUAGAUUAACAAUUUUGUAUGACAGCCAUUCAAUAAUCUUAUUUCUUAUGCAUGUUUGAUAUGGGUCUAAUAAUUAUGAAAUCGCCAAAUGCAUGUUGUGCAAGAAUAUUCUUUUAAUAGUGAUUAUGAUCCGUAAAAUCUGCAUAAAAUCGAACAUAGAGAAAACUUAUUAGAGGCUACAAAAAUUCAAUUGUUUGCUGGUCAAGAAUGACAAAUAAUUGUUUAUAAAUUCUAUAACAGUGUUUUUAUUAUACAGAAUGGAUUCACACAAAAUAUUUGUUUUGAAUUGAACCCUAAUUCUAUGCAUACUUUGUUGUACGACUAGACUAAUGACUAAAUGACUGCUGACUUGACUGUUUCGUUACAUUACCGUGGUGUGUUGGGUAUCAAGUGAAUUGUUGUAUUAUACUAAUUGACUGAUUUAUUGAUUAGUUCAAUGUAAAUUUAUUAUUCUAGUGGUAAAAUUAUGUACAUAAUAUGUAUGUAACAAUUAAAUUUGUGACAGUUUUGAUGUUUUCAUUGUUUAGUACAAAUACUGUAUGUUUUGGGGUUUUUUUACUGUUUUUAUCCAUUUUAUUGUGAUAUAGACAUAAACAAGUUAAUGUUGUGCCAUGUGAUGGUGAUGAACUGUUUUCUUGCUUUCUCCUAUUUAAGACAAGCAUUACCUCUGAUCUGGAAUAGAAAAUGUUAAUUUAACAACCUUCUCGAAACAAAAUUAUAAUUUUUUAUAGUCCUAGUAUUAAAAACAUUGUGCAAUACAUUCCCCAAAAUACAUGGUAAUUAUGUAUGCCUUUCUAAAAUGUAUGUAAGAAUUCUGUUCUUUGUAUUGGAAUGAGAUGAGGAUCAAUACUAUUGUACAUAAUAUACUGAAAUAAAACGUUAAUAUGCGA